CUAACAAACAUAGUUAUCAACCCAAGAAGUUUGAAAUUCCAGAGAAUUGUGGGUAAACAGAUCAGAUAUAAUUUGCACCCGGCAGGCCAACAUUGGAAAUGGGUUCCGAAGAGGACAAAGAAGCUUUAUUGGGAUCAGUUUCAGAGGUUAGUUACUUGGGAUAUUGAGCAGUUUAGUGAUGAGAAAAUAAAAGAAGGUUAUAUAAAUUAUUUGAAAGAACAUGCCUACUCCAACAUUUUGACUCGAAUAAGGAAAAAACGGCAUGUAACUGUGAACGAUUUCACUUGGUCAGUUGUGAAAGAAUAUAUGAGGUCUGAACAAUUCAUAAGGGCAUCUAAGUCCGGUAAAAAAAAACGCAUGACUGGUGGGGAUAGGUGCAAGCAGUAUGGGGGAUCCCGAGCUGCUGUUGAUGUAGCUACACAGGAGGUUAG